AUGUCAUUAUCCCAUUCAGGGUUGCCGUCCGCAGAGAUUGAGCGCGUAUUUGCAGUUCUCCGUUUUGUUUCGCAGCGGCAGGAGGCAUCAUCAUCAUCAUUGUCAUCGUUGUCCUUGCCGGCUGCUGGCGGCAGCGAGGGCGAUACACUCAACGCGGGCACCGUGGCGGCUGUUGCGAGGGGGAAGGCGGGAAAAAAGGUUUCCGAUCCGCUCAUCAUCCCGGAGGAUGUUCAAAACAAGUUGGAGGCGUUUCGCAUGGCGGUGACGAAUAUUCCUGUACAGAUGGAGACGGUGCAGUCUGCCCGGGCGGCCCUGCGCACGGCACUGCGGGAUGCCUACCCGAACAAGUUGGAGGAUGUAGAUCAACUGUGCGAUCGCAAUUUAUUUGUUUCGAAGGCCACGGCAAAGGGCACUCCGCAUUUCAUGUUAAGGGACGUCUAUGGCUUGCAGGCGAUGCAUGAAGUUGUCCCCGGGCUGUAUGUUGGCUCCUAUCACCCGGCAUCGGAAAGGGAAUUGCUUCAUCGUCACAAGGUGACUCACGUGUUGUGCUGCAUCGAUGUCAUGCCUCGCUUCCCGUCGGAGUUUACGUACAUGAAGGUUUCUGCGCAGGACAUGCCCGGAUACAACAUUGCGAAGUUUUUCCCCCAAACAUUUGAGUUUAUUGAGGAUGCGCUGAUUAAACAGCACUCCGCCGUGCUCGUACACUGCGGUGCGGGCAUUUCUCGCGCCCCCACCAUUGCCGCCGCGUACCUCAUCAAGAAACUGCGACUGACUGCAGUGGCGGCGAUUGAGCUUAUUCAAAGCAGGCGUCAUGUGGCAUCGCCCAACCUCGGUUUCCGUCAACAACUGCGGGCCUAUCAAGAAGAGCUUGGCAUAUACCCAGAAGGAGCAGAGGGAGCCCGGCCUCGGGCGGGGAUGUCUUUGCGAAUAAACAACAAAUGA